AUGCUGUCCCGACGUAUCGCGCGGGUGUCGACCAUCCGCAGUGCCAGUGCUGCCCUGGCUGGCCCGGCCCGACAACUACCCGCCAUCCAGCAACGACGUACCUUCUUCCCCGAUGGCAUCAACGACCAGAAGACCAUCGAGGCCAAGUACCCCGACUAUCCGCAGCUGACGGAGGCCGAAGACCCCGGCAUGAACGGCGGCUACGUCAACCCCCCCUUCAUCAAGCGCCAGCACCGCGACCCCUACGGAGACUGGUGGGACAAGCAGGAAAGGCGCAACUUUGGCGAGCCCGUGCACGAGGACAACGACAUGCUGGGUAUGUUCUCGCCCUACGAGUACACCUGGACCACCACGGGUCCCGGCCUGGCCAUGAUUGGCACCUUUGUCGCCACUUUCCUGGUCGUCCUCGGUACCGUCUACGCCGCCUAUCCCGACAAGCGCGCCUUCCCGAGGGAGUUUGAGGGUGGUCUGGAGAGGGAGCUUGGCGGAGCGAGCGCUGUCAGGGCCAGGCAAGAGGGCGAUCCGGAGCCAUAAAUCGAGAAAGGAAACAGCGUCCAGUGGGAGGAAGAGGAGGAAGAGAAGAUCAACUGUGUACAUAUACAGCGGUGGUGGAAGAGACCUACUUUCUUAGAGUAAGGUAUUCCUUUUGUCGUUUUACUUUUUACUCACUCGUGCUCGGUCUUUCACGACCUCAUUUCCCAUACGUGCUUUUGACUGCUCAUGUGUUUCGGUUCGCCUCUCGAGGGGUUUGAUUUGCAGCGCAAUGUGCGGAGUACAGCAGAUGCCCCUGAUUCCUCGAUCUGUCUGGUGUCCAGUCAGGGGGGUGAUAUACGGAAGCAGAGCAGAUGCGCGGCUUGAAAGGAAACGACGAGGGAGAGUAUAGAGAGAAUAAGAGAGAAGCAACAACCCGGGAGAUGACAUGUCACUCGAAGUCUUAACCUUCUACUGGUCUGUCUCCUGUGCUGUUUUGAAUUCUAAUCG